AUGUCUGUGAAUUUAGCAUUGUGCCGUGGCACCCUCUCGCCUGAGGUCGCUGAUUCUGAUUUGGAAGAAGAAUAUUCCGAUGCUUUUGCUAAUGCUACCCCGAGUGCUGCCCCUAUUUCUCCAUAUCGGAGAAAUAGACGUUCAUUGAGCGAAGGAAACAUACUUUUUUUGGAUGAUGAUAAACGGAUGCAGCCUAAUCUAAGAGAUCGUGCAGACUCUGAUGAUGAAGCAACUGAAUGGCGUCAUGAAGGUGAAUCUAUCGUUAGGAAUAUGAAGCGCAAGCGUCUACCUCGCCCCUUGAAAGGACACGCAAAUAAAUUUUGUGUGUCCUUGCAAGGGGCGAGCUAG